AUGGUGCGGAUCACUGAAGAUCUUGUUAGAAGACGUGCAGAACAUAAUAACUGUGAAAUUUUUUCACUGGAAGAAAUCUCUUUACAUCAGCAAGAAAUUGAAAAAUUAGAAUACCUUGACAAAUGGUGUCGGGAUUUGAAAAUUCUCUAUCUUCAGAAUAACCUAAUUCCAAAAAUUGAAAAUGUGGGCAGGUUAAAGAAGUUAGAAUAUUUAAAUGUUGCAUUGAACAAUAUUGAAAGAAUUGAAAAUUUGGAAGGCUGUGAAGAACUGAAGAAGCUUGACUUGACAGCAAAUUUCAUUGGUGAACUGUCCAGUGUCGAAACUCUAAAAUAUAACAUACAUUUGAAGGAACUGUUUCUAGUGGGUAACCCAUGCACUGAAUUUGAAGGUUAUAGACAAUUUGUGGUGGCAACACUUCAUCAAUUAAAAUAUUUGGAUAGUAAAGAAAUAGAACGUUCGGAGAGAAUUCAAGCACUUCAGUACUAUCCAGAAGUGAAACAGAAAAUCAGAGAACAGGAACAAGCUUACCUUCUCAAAAGAGCCAAAGAAAAAGAAGAGGCUCAAAGAAAGAUGCAUGAAAGAAAGGAUAGGAAAGAAAAACAAAUGGAAGCUGAGCUUGGACUUGGCAGCCCAGACUCCCUACAAUACAAAGAAAAUCAUCAGACAGAAGGAGAACAACAUAUGUGGAGAACAGCUGAAGAUGAUGAAGAAGACAGAAGAUUUUGGGAGGAGCCAACACCAUAUACUCCAGAAUCUAGAUUAGAAACUCACAGAUAUAUUGAAGAAAAAAGGAAAGCUAGAGACAGUAUAAGAGGGUCAAAAACAAGAGAGAAGCCUUUUCCAAAAUUGGUCACUGCAGAAGGAAAAGUUCUGAAUGUCAAUAUGCCUAAGCUUCAUUUCUCUUUGAAAGAUGAUGAAGAAAACAAUCAGUUCAUCUUGGAUCUUGCUGUUUACAGACAUCUGGACACUUCUCUGCUUGAUAUCGAUGUCCAGCCAACUUACAUACGAGUACUGGUGAAAGGAAAGACAUUCCAACUAGUGCUCCCUGAGGAAGUCAAGCCAGAUAGCAGCUCUGCUAAAAGAUCACAAACAACUGGUCAUUUAGUUGUCAGCAUGCCAAAGGUUAAAGAAAUAAUCCUGGCUAAGCAAAAAUCAUCAACUUCAGUCAAACCUUCUGACAGCAACACGAUGUACAAAAAAAGUACAAGAAGCAAACCAGUUGAGAAAUUAGAAGUGGAUCCUGACAAAUAUUCAUUCCCAGAUGUGACAAAGAUAAUCCCAGAAAAGGAACAAAUUGGACGAGGACCUAUUAAGCUACAGCCAGAGAAGAUUACAGAGACAGUGAAAAGCAAUGUUGAUUUUGAAAAUAAUGAAGAAGUACCUCCCUUAAUUUGA